AUGCCACAGUUCGGCCGUAUCGAGCCGUUUGUUCAGACCACCGAUGACUGCUCACAGUACAUUGAACGCUUUGAGUUCUUCUUUUUGGCCAACGGCACAUCAGGGGAGGAGAAGAGGCAGACGAUCCCCUUAUUGACAUAUGACAGUAAAACAUAUGGCCUAAUCCAUAGUCUAAUGGCACCCAACGCUCUAGAUUCUAAGAGCUUUGGUGAGUGGGUAAACCUUGUGAAAAGCCACUUUCAGCCGAAACCCUCGGUCACAAUUCCAGUACAGGAGGAGCUUGGAAAGAUUCAGGGCUGCAAGCUAAAAUCCAUCUGGAUCCUGAGGCAACCCCAGAUUCAAGAAGGUGAAGCCAGUACCCUAAAAAUUGAUGUCGAAUUAGACAGGCUGGAAAAGUUGGGAGUCUUGCAACCUGAACACAGUAACGGGAAAGAGAUGGGGGAAAUCUCCUCUGCGAAUGAAACUGUUAACCUGUCCAGCUGGUUGGAAGCCCUGGACAUCAACUCUUCCCUAGAGCUGCAAUCGCAGGUGCCGCGGCUCUCGGUGGAUCCUUGGGAUGUGAUGCUGUGUAUUUCAGGGACUGUCAUCGCUUGUGAAAAUGCCCUGGUGGUGGCUAUUAUAUUCUAUACUCCGACAUUACGAACACCAAUGUUUUUAUUGAUCGGGAGCCUGGCGAUGGCGGAUCUCCUGGCCGGACUUGGCUUGAUCCUGAAUUUCUUUUUCCAUUAUCUGAUUCACUCGGAGACGAUCAACCUCAUCACCGUGGGUUUUUUAGUCGGCUCCUUCUCCGCCUCUGUGAACAGUCUGUUGGCCAUAACGAUCGACCGCUACCUUUCACUGUCUAACGCAUUAACUUACUAUUCCGAAAGGACCGUAGCCUAUAUUCACAGCAUGCUGGCCGUUGCUUGGGGCGUUUCUGUGUGCCUGGGAUUGCUUCCUAUCCUGGGCUGGAACUGUCUAAAAGACGCAUCUACCUGCAGCAUCGUGAAGCCUCUGACAAGGAGUAACUUGACUCUUCUGUCAAUUUCUUUCUUUCUGAUCUUUGUCAUUAUGUUACACCUUUACAUUAAAAUAUGCAAAAUUGUGUGUCGACACGCCCACCAGAUUGCCCUACAACAACACUUCUUUGCCACAUCUUACUACGUGACCACAAAGAAAAGUGUCUCCACUCUUGCCAUCAUUGUUGGCACCUUCGGGACAAGCUGGCUGCCUUUCGCCAUUUACUGCCUGGUUGGGGACCAUGCCUACCCGACCGUAUAUACGUAUGCCACCCUCCUCCCUGCUACCUACAACUCCAUGAUCAACCCCAUCAUUUAUGCUUUCAAGAAUCAGCAAAUCCAGAAAGCUACUUGGGUUCUGUUUUGUGGCUGCUUCCAGUCCAACUCCUCUUUCCAAUCAAGGUCACCAAGUGACGUCUAG